AUGUCUGUUCCUAUCAAUACCACAAAUGUAGUAAUAGUCCCAUUCCCUCCAUCUAUUAGUGUAGAUGAAAUAAUACAAAUGCAUUUAAAAAAUGGCAUUAAGAAUAUUAAUGAAACUAUGAAUGCAUUUAUGAUUUAUCAAAUUGUUAAAGAUUAUUAUAAACAGAUAUCUAAAGAGAUUAAAAAACGCUUUAAAGAAAUCGCCCCUACUCCUUAUUUCAUUAACAAAUUUGAAACAAGCAAUCAAGUUGAUACAAAUAAUGUCCAAGUUGAUACAAAUAAUGUUUCUCUAGAAACCAAUUUGCUCAUUUAUCAAAAGCAAAACUCUUUAGGCCCUACCUACUAUAAUUAUUUACCUUUAAACUCAUCAGACACUAUUUAUUCUAGUAACCCAAAUGCUACCAAUUCUAAUCUUCCUGUGGACCAAUAUACUCUAGAAAUUACUUUACCUGAUCCUUCAAAUAUGGUUCAAAUCUCUUUAGGCAUUGGCUAUUAUAAUUCUCCAUUUAUAAAUGUUCUAGGACCUAACUACGUUGUCAAUUCUCCACCUUCAAACUCUCUCAGCCCUAUUUACUCUAGUUAA